CCUUUAAGGCAGCCCCGCCGCCAGUCUGUGUUGUGUCGGAGUCAGUCUGCUCCGGUCCAGCUAACGUUUAGCUGACUGACCUGGCUGCUCGGAGGGGGAAGCUGGGACUGGAUAUUCCUCUCGGAUAAACUCGAAUAUUUACUUUUUUAUUAAUUUAUUUCCAAGGCCUGAAAAACGUUAAAACGAACAAAAACAACAAAAAAACGCUGGAUGGUUACCAAGGAGACAUAACUGGAACGGGAAGCCAGAGGAUCCAUGGCAAAGUGGCUGAAGGACUACCUAAACUUUGGCACCAGGCGUGACCCUCCACAGCCCCCGAGGCCAGAUUACAGCGAGAGCGAGAUUUUGAGGGCCUAUAGAGCUCAGAAGGAGCUCGAUUUCGAAGACCCGUACCAGCACUCAGAUAAAGAGCACCAGAAUGGCGGUUUCAGCCCCUGCAGUGCCACAGUGAGCCUUCCCUCGUUCCCUGCAUUCGGUUCAGUGCUGCCUAAUGGCGUGGAAGUGAAAGUGGUGUCUCCCAAACACAGACUGAUCAAAGUGGACUCUCAGGAGUUUGGCCGCUGUAAAGUCCCCCUGAGUCCUGUGACCGUUCAAGAAGAACCUGUGGUCCCCUCUGCCCCAGCAGCGUCCGACGCUGACACCGACUACUCUGAUCCAUUUGAUGUCCGUCCAGACCCAAGAGGAAGACCAAACUGGGAGCCCAAAUCCACACCAACAGACUGCUGCAGUUAUAUGGAGCCGUUUGAAGCCCAGCGGAUAAUCUCAGAACUGCAGCACAGCGUGAUGGCUAACAGGUCUGGGAGUGGGGAUGGCGGACAGUUAUAUGAUAACCCGUACGAGGAGAGGUCUCGUCACCACCACAGAGCUGCUCCACCAGCACAACAACAGAUCCAGAGGGUCGAGGGAGGUCUUGGCCUGAUAGACAGCAGAGAGAGCAGGCUGCCUCAGGACGACGAGAGGCCGGCCGAUGAAUACGACCAGCCCUGGGAGUGGAAGAAGGACAACAUUUCUAAAGCUCUUGCAGUUCAGUUCGAAGGGGCGGAAAGGGAGCGUUCACGAGCUCAUACAGAGCAUACCAGGCUCACCAAGACGGGCACGACAUCUACCACAGCCGACUCAACUACACUCCGUCUGGUUGGUGACACUCCUCCGCUCCUGGGGGAGAGAGUGGAUCCAUCCAUGCCACUGGAGAGACAAGUGUGGUACCAUGGAACGUUGAGCCGCUCCGAGGCAGAGAGCCUCCUGACUCUGUGCAAAGAGAGCUCCUACCUGGUGAGGAACAGCCAGACCUGCGGGAACGACUACUCGCUCUCACUGAGGAGUUGCAAAGGCUUCAUGCACAUGAAGUUCGCUCAGUCUGCAGACGGGCGUUACGUGCUCGGAGAGAACAGCCCUCCCUUCUCCACCAUCCCCGAGGUCAUCCACUACUACACCACACACAAGCUGCCGAUCAGAGGAGCCGAGCACAUGUCCCUACUGUAUCCUGUCAUAGUGCAGACCCUCUGACACUGACACACUCUUUUCACCCGGUGCUACUGAAUACAAUAUAUACUCGGUAUUUACUUGUUUCUGCCCUUAUUGUUUCCCACAUGCCUUUUCACUUCCAUUCUACCUGCACUGCUCACAAGAGAUUGGACUGUUUGGUGCCAUGUUUUUUUUUUUACCCCAGUAACUACACUGGCAGCUUAAGAAGAGAGCUCGGUGCCUCAUGAAUAUAUAUACAUAUAUAUAUAUAUAUAUAUAUACGCCUGUGAACUGGUUUUAUCACUGAAAUCUCUGUAUUUUAAUACCACGAACUCCUGAGAACCAGCAAUCGUUGAUAUAAAGAUCUGUAGCUGAGUACUUUUUAGGUAAAAGAUAAAAAAAGAUCUACAGAACAUUGCAUGGAGAUUUGUCUCUCUUGCUGUAUUGCAGUGAUAGACUGUACUGCCAGAUCACUAGUAGGAUAAUAACGGCGUUUUCUUUUGGUUUGUGCCAAUCAUCGACGUUGACUUUUCAACCGAGGCAGUACUUUUCAUGUGAAUUUUAAAUAAAAAAAGAGAAAAAAAAACAAAUAAAAUGAGAUAUGACGCGUGUGGAUGAAACUAGUUGUAGAAGUUGCAGUUCAAAAUACAACCAAACACUACAUAUUUAACCUCUACGCUUCAGAGGCCUGUGAAUGUUCUGUGAUGCUGUAGCUGCGUGCCCUGCAGUGUCCUCCUCACUUUCAUGUUUGUGUGUGAACAACAGCAAGUUGUGUCAGACAUGUUAACUCCACACAGCAACAGACUCCUGCAAUACUAGUUUAGAGAACAAUAAUAAUAAUAAUAAUUACAGUAUUAUAAUGAAAAGCUUGUGGCUUUGUGAUCUUCACUAUUAAAGAAGCUUUGGUAGAUUAUUUACUGUCAUUUGCUGUUUUAUAAGAUUUUAAAUGUUUGUUGGAAAUAAAGUGUCGUCUGUUUUUAA